AUGGCCUCUACAAUCCCCAUCAAGGUGAAGCACAAUGGCAAGCUGCACGACAUCCAGCUCGACCCCUCGCAGCCCGCCACGGCGUUCAAGCAGGCGAUCUACGAAAAGACCGGCGUGCCCUCGGACCGUAUGAAGGUCAUGGUCAAGGGUGGCAUGCUCAAGGACGACCAUGAUCUGACCAAGAUCGGUGCGCGACCGGGGCAGACGUUCAUGGUGAUCGGCACGGCGGGUGAGCUGCCCAAAGCCCCUACGGGUCCCAUCACGUUCAUCGAGGAUCUCACCGACUCGGAGCUGGCGCUUGCGACCAAGUCGCGGGUUGGGCUGACGAACCUCGGCAACACAUGCUAUCUGAACUCGACGCUACAGGUGCUACGUGCGAUUCCGGAGCUGCAGACUGCGCUGGGUCACUUUGACGGCAAUCUGGGCGGUGCCGAUGGCGAGAGGAAUCUGACGGCUGCUUUGCGGGAUCUGUACAAGAACCUUUCGCAAACUACAGAGCCUUUCCCGCCCUUCGCCUUCCUCACCAUCCUCCGCCAAGUCGCGCCGCAGUUUGCAGAGAUGACGCGCGACGGUCACGGUUUCGCUCAGCAGGACGCCGAAGAGGUGUGGGUGCGCAUCGUCCAAGCCCUCCAGAACAGCCUGCACGGUCUCGCCCCCUCUUCCGAGGCCGGGGCUGACGCAUCGCGCAAGUUCGUCGAGCAGUAUCUCACCGGUCACAUGGUCAUCAAGCGCUCUUCCGCCGAGGCGCCCGACGAACCCGCCUCGCUCAGCAAAGACCCCUUUUCGAUCCUCCAAUGCAACAUCUCGUCCACCACCAACGAGAUGUCCUCCGGCAUCCUCGACAGUCUCAACCAGCAGAUCGAAAAGACGUCCUCCAGUCUCAACCGCACUGCGGUGUACGACGAGACGUCGCGGAUCGAUCGACUGCCCGCCUACCUCGCCACCCACUUUGUGCGCUUCUACUGGCGACGCGAUAUCAACAAGAAGACCAAGAUCAUGCGCAAGGUCAAGUUCCCCUUUGUGCUGGAUGCGACACCGUUUUUGACGGAUGAGUUGAAGGCCAAGGUGAAGGAGACGAAUGUGACGAUCCAGAAGAUUGAGAAGGAUCGGGAUGAACGGGCCAAGAUUCGGAAGCGGGCGGUGGCACGGAGGGUGGCGGAGGAGAAGGCGGCGCGGGAGGCCAAGGCCGGUGCUCCCCAGGAGGAUGUGGCCAUGACCGACGCUACCACUGCCCCGUCUACGGAAGGGGAGGGGAAGGAAGAUUCGAAACUAGGUCAGGCCCUAUCGGAGGAGGAAGAACUAGCCGAACGAGCCAAGGAACGAGAAACCAUCCGAUCCACCAUUCACCCGGACCUUCUUGCCGAUACGGGGUGCAACCCUUCCGCGCUGUACGAGCUGGUCGGCGUCGUCACCCACAAGGGAGCAGCCGCCGAUGCAGGACACUACAUCUCCUGGGUCCGACGCGAUCUUGAGGAGGAAACCGAACACGCCCUUGCCGGCUCCCCUGCCAAGGGCAAGAACAAGGAGAAGUUGGACAAGACAGAAGCCGACGAAGAAUGGUACAAGUUCGACGACGAUAAAGUCAGCCUGGUGGGACGGGACAAGAUCACCGCCCUCGACGGUGGGGGUGAGGACAGCGUCGCUUACAUCCUCCUCUACCGGUCCAAACAGUUGUAG